AUGGGGGGGUCCCGGGGGCUGCGUCGACACGCCCCUCCCCCGCCGAAGCCGCGGCUGCUGGACCCCGCAGUGAUGGCUUGCGUGCAGGUGGCUCUUCGCAUCCGUCCGAUGAGCACGGCCGAGCUGGCGGAGGGGGCCAGGCCCAUCGCCCACCGCGUGGAUGAGCAGGUUGUGGUGCUGCAAGACCCUAUGGAAGACCUCGAUGAUGUCCUGCGUGCCUGUCGCUCCCGGGAGAAAUCUUACAUCUUUGACGUGGCCUUCGACUCCACAGCCACCCAGGAGACCGUGUACUGUGCCACCGCCCGGGGCCUCAUCGCGGGCGUCAUCUCUGGCUACAAUGCCACCGUCUUUGCCUAUGGCCCCACUGGCUGUGGGAAGACCUACACCAUGCUGGGCACCGACGGCGAGGCCGGCAUCUGCACCCGCACCCUGGGCGACCUCUUCCAGGCCAUCGAGGACACCAGCAGUGACACGGAGUAUGAAGUCUCCAUGUCCUACCUCGAGAUCUACAACGAGUUGAUCGGGGAUCUGGUGACCCCCUCGCUGGCCUGCCUGCAGCUGCGGGAGGAUGCCAGCGGCACCGUCCAGGUGGCCGGCAUCACUGAGGUCUCUGCCAUCAACGCCGAGGAGGUCAUGAAGCUGCUAGCGCGGGGAAACCGGCAGCGGACACAGGAGCCCACAGCCGCCAACCGCACCUCGUCGCGUUCCCACGCGGUGCUGCAGGUCACCGUGCGCCAGCGGCGCCAGGGCAGGCAGCUGCACCGUGGCCGCCUCUUCAUGAUUGACCUGGCGGGCUCCGAACGGGCAGCGCAGACGCAGAACCGUGGGCAAAGGAUGAAGGAGGGAGCCCACAUCAACCGCUCACUGCUGGCCCUGGGCAACUGCAUCAAGGCCCUGAGCAACCAGGCGAGCACCAAGUAUAUCAACUACCGCGACAGCAAGCUGACCCGCCUGCUCAAGGACUCACUCGGGGGCAACAGCCGCACAGUGAUGAUCGCCCACAUCAGCCCAGCCAGCACCGCCUUCGAGGAGUCCCGCAGCACCCUCACCUACGCCCACCGCGCCAAGAGCAUCUGCACCACGGUGAGGGACAACCUGCUUAGUGUCUCAUACCAUGUGGCACAGUAUGGCAACGUCGUGGCUGACCUGCACAGGGAGAUCAAGCACCUCAAGGGCAAGGGGGACACUGAGCCAGGGCAGCCAAGGCAGGGUGACCGCCGGGACACUCCUUACAUCCAGGCCCAGGUUCAGCUACACGGUGCCCGCUGCACCCACCCGGAGCUGGGCUGCGUGCAGGAGGAGCUGCUUGGUGCCUGCUGCGAGCAGGCAGCCCUGCGCCACCUCCUCCUCCGGCUGGAGGGCACCGAGCUGCACGCCCAGCACCUCCUCGCCCUCGCCCACAGGACACAGCGGGGCUGGCACUGGAGCAAGGAGGGGCAGGGGGAGCUGGACGGCCCCAGUGACAGCAAGAGGGACUCGGACAUGGGGGACAAGCGGUUGGACGUGCCAGAGCCACCCGCCGUGGCCGCUGCCCACAAGAGCAUUGUGGCUCUGGUGGAGGAGCAGAGCAGGCUCCAGCCGCGGAAGGCAGAGCUGGCGCGGCACUUCCAGCAGAGCCAGCAGCCUGUGUGGUGUCUGGAGGAGGCCCUGCAGCGUCGGAGCAGCUCGGAGGAGCAGCGGGAGGUGCUGGCCCUGCUGUGCCGUCUGCACCAGCUGGAGCUGGAGAUGGCAGAGAUGCACUCCCGCACCCUGCUCAAGGGUGGCCUCCGGCACCCGCUGGCUGCCACUACGCAGCGCUUCGACGAGCAUCGGGCCCUUUGCACCCGCAUCAUCCACCAGCAGCGACAGCUUAUCUCCGACCACCAGCUGUCGGUGCCACGGCCGCUGGAGGAGCUGUACGAGACCUACCUGCGGGAGCUGGCGGGGGGCCCCGGGGACACUGGCACCCUCGAGGGCACGUCCCUGCCCAAGAUCCCACAGGUGACCGGCACAGGGAGCCUGCCGGACUCGGACCGGGACAGCGCGUGGGCACAGAGCCGCGAGCGCCCCACGCGGCUGCGGCAUGAUGCCCUCCCACCCCUGCGCCCCACGGGGGACAGCGCCCUGACCCCCAUGUUCAAGAAGAUCCCACGGGCACACCAGCUGGGGAGCACGGCGGUGCCCACCUCACCUCCCAGACGGGGCAUGGUGGGCCAGGUGAGCACAGCUGUGCUGCCGGCAUCGAAGCCCCGAGGUGGGGAUGCUUAUGAGUGCUGUGUGUCCCAGCGGCACACGUCAUGGGCCAGCCUGAGCACCCGGCAUGACUCCUCCCCGGGCAGUGGGACCGGCUCGGAGGCAGCGGUGGCAGCAGGCAGGGGGCGCCAGGAGAUGUCGAGCAGCACCAAGAGCAUCCUGGCUAAGGCCACCCGGCACUGGUCCCGCAUCCCGGAGAGCACCCGCUCACACCCACCAGGGUUCACGGAGGAGCAAGGUGGCCCCGGGCUGCAGCACGACGCCAGUGAGGACAGCCUGGUGGGGACAGCCACCGGCUCCCCGGGCGCCAGGCUGCGGGUGUGCAAAAAGGGCGGCAAGGAGGUGGGGAGGAGGGAGGAGUCGCUGGGUGGCAGAAGGAGAUCAAGGCGGUCACGGUCCUUCGAGGUCACGGGCUGUGGGCUCCCCACCAGCCCCAUGAAGGGCCAGCACCCGCGGCUCGGCUGCAUGACCAGGAACAGUGCCAGGGCCUCCGGCAAGGAUGGAGGGAGUCACCGGUACUAA